AUGUAUAGACCAACCACGAGAAAUGAAUGGCAGUUGUGUGGCGUGCUGCUCACGCAGGCUAUCGUGACAAUUGCCCUUGAGGUCUACAUAUUCGUUGAAUGGCAGUUAUGGGUAACCCCAACUAUCACUCAAGUUCCGAUCUCAUAUUUGAUUCCAAUCAACUUGGCGAUUUUGAUUUUUGCUGGUGUCUAUAUGUUUGCUCUUGCAUUGGAUGCCAUCAAUGCCAAGAAUAACAUUCUACUCUUUGCAAUCUGCAUCUCGAAUGCCUGCAGUUUUGCAUAUGCCGUCAUGCAGUAUCAUCUGAUGGAGUCCAACACUCUCAGGCUAUACGAGGAACGGUAUGGGUAUCCAACCCUAGUAGACACUACCCGCAGUCUAUGGCCGUCAAUCCAGCCUGCCGAGAUUGUCGUAUGCAUCAUCGCGGGCUUGGGGUCAUUGGCCAUGAUUCCCUGUGUCUACUUCCUGCACAAGGAGUACUCGUGGGCCAUAUACAAAUGUGUCAAUGGUAACCGCAAAACCAGAAUGCGCUAUCUCUUCUACGAGAUCUUCCUCGUGUUGAUCAAAAUCAACUUUUAUUUUCUGAUUGGCUUCAUUGUCCAAUACAACUUCAUCUUCGUUCACUUCCAUAACCUUGAAUAUACCCUGACCAUGUGUCUAAUCCCUGCUUCAUUGAUUACAAUGUUGCUUGGUAUAUACUUCGUCCAGCAUGAACGGACAUGGGGGGUUAUUCCGAUCAUAGUAAGUACUGCCAUCCCGAAAGAUAUCCCAAUGAGGGUCAUGGCACGCCCACGGAUUUAUCACUCACACACAGACAGAUCUGCUACUUGGGUGUACUCGCAUACCUAA